AGCGGCGCGACAAUGCCCACUGUAUCGAUAUUAAUUAUUGCUGUGAAUCCGCGAUCUGAGAAGUGACGCUUUCUUCCAGCAAACGGACCACACGGUCGGGAACGAGAUUUGCAUCUCGGCCGCUCGGAAAGUUUCGCGAUAUUCGCGGUUCUCUCCGGGCGUCGCGAGGUUAUUUCACUUCGUCGAACGAUGCUCGAUCACGUUAUGUGCAGGCUUUUAAUAGAAUAAAUUAUAGAUCUUCGGUAUCAGUACAUUUUGCAACGAGUCUCCAAACGGGAGGGAAGGGCCGUGACGUCACGCAUGAUACGACAAAAUCGCUCGUCCUGAACGUUGCGCCGAGUCACGUUCUUCCGUCGCCAAUUUCGCGAAUAUAGCCGCGCGUCGAGUCAGUGGACGAGUCCAUUUCGAGCCGGUGCGUUAAUUGGAGGACACGCGCGAGAAUGGGCUUUCAUUUUUUCGACUCGAAUCACGAUCGGCCGGGAGGCGGGCGAGAGAUUAGCCUCCCGAGGAACCGGAUGUCGCCGUCGCCGUCGCCGUGAUCCGAAGUUAUGCUCGUCGUGUUUAAAAGCACAGUUCGAUGAAUAAUUAAUAAGCAGAUGCCACUCGCUCGUCCCACUCUGUCUUCCUCUUUCUUUCGGGAGUGUGUAUUGUGUAUCGGGACGUGUAUCUCAGGAAUGCGUCGAGCGGAAAUUGACCUGGACGAAGCAGCCGGCGACGAGAAAACGAGUCUGCGAGUCUGGAGUCUGAAUUAUCGCAGAGGAACAUAAAAACAACCAUACCUAUAAAUGAUGAUAUUUUACAUUGCCACGUAUACACAGGAGUGAAUAAUUUCAUAUGCGGUGAUCUGAUCUGCGCAUUUUGUAUGGCUUAUGGCCGUGUGUCUCGCAAGUUUUUUUCGUUGUGCAAUUGCCUGCGGACGGUAUGCGGUUACUCAAAGGUAAGAGGACCGUCUCUCUGACGAAGGAUUCGAAUUCUUGCGCGAGAAAGGGCUUUACCGGCGCGGCGAGACGACAAGGCUUUGAACCUUAGGCGAGCCGGUAUUGCUUCCAAGUUCGACGUUCUGAUGAAAAAUUGAAAGCAAGUACACAUGUGUUCGUACUUAAAUGCCUUUCGUGUCUCGCAACUGAGACAUCGAGCCAUAAAACGUCGUGAUAAGAUGCAGCGGAGAAAUGUAUUUUAUCUCGAGAAAAUUGACAGAUCGAAAAGGACGAUGGCAUAUUGUGAGAUUUUUACAAUGGCGACGGAGUAUUUUUGCAGAGUAUUGUACUAUCAUCAUUAUAACGUAAAAAAGAAAAUAAAUAUAUACACGAGACAUCGACUUUUUUUUUCUAAAUAAAAAUAUGACAUCGUUCCAUUAUAAUUACGUGCAACGAUGCCUUAAAUUUCGUCUCGCUUUUCAUUAUUGCGGAAUUCCGAAGUUCGCGCACGAAUGGAAUUUCCUCAUGGAGGAAAAAUUCCUGCGACAUCGUCUACCGGAACCGCGGAUCGCGUUACCAUCGAUCGCGCCGUGAAAAAUUACACAAGAAGAACGUCUCGUCUCGUCUCACCUCGUCCCAUCGGCGCGUCGCAUCGCGAUUCGCGCGGGAGUUCGCGCGAAACGAUAGAGUAAUAAAUAAUUUGCGGACCCGUCUGCCGCGCAUAACUUCUUCAAUUUCCGCCCCGCCGUCGGAAGCGGAGAAUAUAUUUUUUCCCUCGGCGCAUCUUCUUCCGCCUUUCCGAGACAUGAGUAAUCGAGAAGUCCGAGAAGUCUGUCAAACCGCACAGCCUUUUCUGCAUUUUUAUCCCUUUGUCGACACUCUCGCACUUCCACAAGAAUAUUCUGACUCUUUCUUCUCUUUCAUCGAAAAUCGCGCGAAUGUCAUCAUUUUUGUACAAUACAAAAACAUAAAAUCUUUAUAGACCCUAAAUAUUUUUAUUUGUGACAGAUUGUCCACAUUUCGAAAAGUCUCUUCAUAAAAAAAUGUAACCAUGUCGACUUGAAUUUCAUGCAAAUAAAAUCUUCAUGCACAAUUAAUAAUAAACCAUUUAUAUCCAUGCUCUCUUUCUUUUCUGAGCAAUGUUAAAUUUUAGAAUCUCGUUGUAUAACUGCAUAUUGCAAUAUAUUUUUAAUAUUAAUUAAUUAAUGUGUCAUGCUGUGGGGGUUUGUCUUUAAUUAAAGGCAUCCACGGAGUACGUUUUCGAGAUGCUUUCGAUUUUUCUUUCCUUGAUUCUGUUAUUUAUACGUUAUAUGUUUCCUUCGCGAGCAACCAACGCAAUUGGGGCGGAUAAACUCUCGGACUGGUUACAUCGCCCGAAAUUGCCUGUUACUCGCGAUUGAACUUCGUACACGUUCGUCACGGCGCGAAUCCGCGGUCGACGGUACGAUAAAAAGAAAUCGGGACACGUACGACAGUAAACUCGCGCGAUGUACGGUUCUCCAUUUCGCGCUGGACGUAGACGUGGAACGCGAAUUUUCAGUCGUGGCGGAAAUGGUGGACAGCGAUUGCAUCCUUCCUCUCUCAUCGCACUGAUGAUCUUCCCCAAUCCAUACUAUAUUUCAUGCGCCACUUCCUAUAACGAGGCUAUUGAAGAAAAGUAAUUUCCAAAUUUGUCAACAGAUGCAUUAUCCUCGCAAGUUGCGAAACUGCACUUUUGAACGAAUGAAAUUCAGAAUUUCGUUUGUCGUUUUUCUCUCAAUUCAAUAAAGACGAAAGGCUACUAAAUUAAAAAUUAGCGCGACCUAUGUGAUGUCACAAUUCCAUUGUUGCUGUUGAAUGAAAAAUGAAACUAAUAUACCGACAGUUCUUUUCCUUGUAAUAUGAGAGUUUUAAUAACCUGGUUGCAUUCAGCGGCGCACAAUGGCCGUAUGAAAUUAAUUUUGUUUUCAUAUUCCUCAUAUACGGUAGUUACUCGGCGCGAAACGAUUUUAUGUAUAAAUACAUGAAAUAAGGAUAAUAAUAUAAUAAUAAUGCCGGCUAGCUAUGCUUUAUGAUAUCGGCUAUUGAUAUUCAUACGAUCGGAUUAGUCCGUAAUCGUGAAACAUCAGUGACAUCAACAGGCAUUAUCGGCAACCAAUUACGUCGCUUUGUGCAUACUGGGAGCUUUGUUCCGCGAAUGUCUGUCUUUCCGUUCUAUCGAGCGCACCACGCGAACGCGCAAUCAAUGCACUAGAGGGGUGAAGAGGGGAGGGCGGGAGGGGAAAGAGAGUGUGAGAGAGAGAGAGAGAGAGAUAUAGCGUGGGAGAAAGGAGGGGGAGACGCGUGUUCUAUUCCACACGGGCCAAUGCACGCACGUAUGUAGGCAUUCAGUAACCGAUUCCGCAUGCCGGACAAUUAUAGCAAUUAUGCCGACCCAAUUCACCGCGCGCAUUAAUACUCCGUCGCGACGUCGUCGAUGCUGAAGCGUCCCGUUGUGCCGAUCAAACGGUUCCUCGAACGUGCGAACGGCACGAGCCUAAAAGCGAAUUACAUAUCCCUACACGCGAUUAAUGAUCACGUCGCGUGAAUCGCUUACAGUGAAAAAGAAUGAGUUGUAACACCAUAAUUUAUACACAUAGACACACACGUGCGCGCGUGCAGCGUACAGCAUUUUAAUUUAAAUAAUUAUCCACGUUAAAUGAUUUACUGCCAGUUUAUUAAUAUUUCCAACAAUUUUGUCCUCUUUUCUAAUUACACAAGGAUUCCACUCAUGAAGCUAAACGAACUUAUUAUUAUUCAUUUUUCCAUAUGAAAACUAAAAUUUUUUUUCAUUCAGCUAAGUUACUUAAAAAAUUAUCAUCAAGAUAUGCUUAGACAAAACAAGACGUUGUUCGAUACAAAUCUAGCGUUUAUUAUUUCAAUAAUUGAAAAUACACAAAAGUACGGAGACUAUUAAACGUAAAACGAGCUUAAGUGCAGCUUAAAAUGCAGAGUGACGGGAUUAUAUUUAACAGGAAAGCACGAAACGUGCAAGCACACGAGCCCCGGGUCUCAUAAUCGAUCUCCAAUCUUUCGUGCUGCCUUCUCAUGGUUAUGCCAUACCGUGUGUCGCGGUGAUUAUCCGAUCCUAAACAUGUUAAAGGAAUUAUACCAAUUACGAGCGCUCCAAUUCGCCAUUCAGUGACAGCUUCUAAUGACAAAUAAUGACCAGUCCGGGAGUAAAAUAAAUUUUCUUGAAAAUCUCUCGUGCGGAUAAGUAAACCACCUGAUCGUCGUUUGCUGUUUGAUUGCACACGCGAGGACGGGACACGGUCUAUUGUGUCCAGUACGUAACAAUCAUAAUUAGAUCGCGAAUACCGUGGCAGAAAAUCGAUAUGCAUAUCCGAUACGCAUUUGUAUAAAAUAAUCUUCAUUUGUGAAGAGAUAUCAACUUUUUGAAGCUUAUUGAAAAUCAAUACAAAUGAGCUCUCUCUGUUAUCGAAGUAGCAUAUUAUCGAUGUCAAAUAUUAAUAAUCGCGAACUUUGCGUUACAUUUAUUGAUUAUUGCAAAAUUUCAUCGAUAUUCGUUCCUUAUUUAUUCAAGUCCUUUUGUUCCCUUUUCCUGCUCCGCGCCCGUUGUCCGACGAAAGUGCUCCGUAUGAUAAGUAAGCACAAUACUUGACGGGAAAAAAAAAAAUUUUUUUUUUCCUUUGGCCAAAAGGAAAUUGGUCGCAUCUUGUUAGCGCAAACAGUCGCGCUCGAAAAUCGCUUGGGAUUUCAUUAUCGCGGCAGUUGACGGCGAGAAAGAGUGCGCCUCUUCAGCAUUCAAAAGUAAUUCGAAGUCCGGAGGGCAGUGUAAAUUGCUUUUCACGGCGUGAGGCUGCGGACGGCGAAAGGAUUGGAAGAUCCCGAUGCGCCGCCAACUCCUUUGAGUGAUGUGCAAAUAGUCCUCCCUCUCUGCUCUCUUUUUCUCUCGCUCUCCGCACGGACUUCUCUCGCGCGUCAAUGACUUACGGCUUCCAAAGAGAUAAUCGUGAUUCGAGCAUUUGAGGAGAUAAUCCGCGAAGCUCGCGAGCCCGCCGCGAGAUAUUUCAAAUGAAUUUUGAUGACAAAGUCGCAAACGGGAAUAAAGGCUACCAAAAGCCGGUUUCGUCGAUGUACGCACGUUCGCUUAUAUCGCAAAUUAUGUAAAUCGAAGCUUUUUUUUUUUUAAUAUAGCGAUACACCAGCAUUUCGGACCGUUUUGAAAUUAACAUAAAUCUCGAAGAAGAAGAAGAUAUAGUCGACGCGCAGGCGGAAGAUCGACGCGAUACACAUUUAGAAUAAAUAUUUUAUUCAAGAAGAGAGCCACGUUGCCUUCGGAACUCCAGCGGCUUUAGACCGUUCCAGCAAACGAAAACAAUUACUGAUACGCGAGAUAAGCAGAAAAUUUCAUGAAUAUCAAGAAGCGCAUGGCGGCGAAUUUCAUUCAAAUAUUCGCGCAUGAAAAUGUAACUCGCCAUUUAUUAGAAUGCUCGACCAUUCUGAUCAACUUCUCAUUUUUCUCACCUGUCAUGCAUUGUAUAAAUUUUUUUUUUUUAUUAAAUUGUUUUAUUAAAUCCUAUUAUUUUAUUAAAUUGUUUUAUUAAAUCCAAUUGCAUUAAAAGACUCAUGAGUAAUUCGAUGUAUUCUGAUAAUUAAAUUAAUAGUAUAUUUCACAUAUUUAUAUGAAAAACGAUUAAUGAUUCUGUGAAAUGAAUGCGAAUAUUAAUCAUCCUCUCAUUGAGAUCUUGGAAAUCAACUUGUAAAAAAAAGAACCUGUUUCUCGACAGAUGUAGUUUAAUCGUUGCAGAUGCAUUGCACGUGGAAAUAUCGCGACGAAAUACGCGAUCACCAAUGGCACGUGACUUCGAAUCUGCACGUGGCGCGCUUUCCAGAGUUUCGCGAAUCGGAACGUGUGACUUUAAAAGAUUCACGUUGAUAAAAAAAAAUAACUGAUAAAAAUAAAAACGUUGAUAAAAGCGGCGCUACCGCGUGAAACCAACGUAUGUACAUUGCGACAGGUUUUAUCUUCCGUCCUACAGCUGAUUCGGGGUGGCGUUGAUUCAUCGGUACUGCGCACUCGGUAAACCGCAUCACGCUUCGCGGUUGCAAAGUGCAUUCAGCCAAAGCUUGCACGCGAAACCAUCCUCGCUAGCGGAAACCGUAUUACGCAGCAUACAGCGAUAUUGAAAAGUACCUUCAUCAUAAAAUGAUUUCCGAUCAUGCCGUUCAUUCACGAAAAUUUCGCCACAAUUCUGCAUUGAAUUACAGCAGAUUAAUAAAAAUAUUAUGCAAUUUUAUAUUUUACGUAAUUGUGAAGGUAAAAAAUAUGCAGUGAAUAGCGAAGUGAUAAAUCUGCUUCCUAGAGAGAACAUGGCAAGCCUGACGGUUCGAAAGGUAUACAUAUCAUCUUGCCAUCGACCAAUUUUUAGAGAAUGCUGUUCUCCAGUCUUCCUCGGGGAAAGAUGAAAAUGCAGCGUCCGAAAGACAGUGCCAAAUGCCGAUGCUCAAUUCCGACCUCCGUCCAAUCUGCGUCCAAUCCCGAACAUAUAAUAUGGCGCUUUCCACGCUCGCGUCGCGUCGUGCCCGAUUUUCGCACGAGGAAGAAUAGAAGAGAGAGAAACCAAGAAAGAGGGAGGGAAAGAGAGAGAGAGAAAGAGCCCGUUCGUCGCGACGCCGGUGCCGCGGCUCGCCUCGAAAGAAGUCAUCAGCGCGCGACGCCAUUAUUCUUCCCGCCCCGUGCAGCCGCUUUUUCUGGAUCGCGAGUCGAUCCUCGGCUCCGAGCUUGCAACGCCCCCGCCCUUUUCCACCGCGCGCCUGCAUUAAUCACGAGACACCGGGGAUAUUAUCGCGGCAAUGCGAAACGUCCGUCAUUCUGGUCCGCUCCUGCCCCCCCCUCCCUCUCCUUUUGCUUUUUUCACCCCUGCCUCUUCUGAGCGCCAUUCUGAGAGCGCUCCGAACCGUAAUGCUUACUCUCCUCCGUGACUCCAUUCUUUUUUGCACCACGUAGCCGGCGCACCACGUGCUCCGUCACGUUAACGACUCGACGCAGCUUUAGCGGAGACGCACGUGAAACGCAUGGCGCACUCAGCAGAUCCCUUUUAGGAAUUAAGAUAAUAGAAUCACGUUAAAUCAGAGUUUCAAACGCGCGUUGGGUUUGACCACGGGACGAAGAUUUAUUAAUUCCAGAGCAAGAGAGAGAUUCUGAUCAUUUUAUUUGAUUAUGUCGCUUUUGAAGAGAACGGUUCGAUUAUUAAGUUUCUACUAGACUGCAUUUAAUUAAUGUCUUCAACAAAACGCGCGAUUUCGCUUUUAAUAAGAUAAAAAAAAGAAUUUUAUUAUAUUCAUGGAUAUUUGUCAAGUACAAGCUCAAAUGCAGAAAAGGAAAAUGUAAGAAAAUAUGUAUGCAAAAUAUUCUUGUAUGAAUGUCGCGCUACGGCGGUAAUUAAGAAAUGACAGCAGCCCCAGUUCUCGUCUUCAACUCUGAAACGCUUGUUAUUCUUAAUAAAAAAAAAAAAAGGAGAGAGAGAGAGAGACGUAGCUCCAUGCACAGUCUUUCGAAAUACAAGUCUGCAAAAAAGCACUCGGCGUAAAACCUCGGUACGCAAGGUUGGUACGCGAAACGAUAAAUAGAAAAGGAAGAUUAAUUGAUUCGCCGGAGUUUCUGCCGUGCGUAGCUUCUGCGCUGUCGUCUCCCGUCGACUUUGCGCGCAUUAAAAUUCGCAGCACGCAUCCGUGAGAUAAUCAAAAGGCUGGAGUUUUACGGGAGAGAGACUAUCGUGACAUUCGUGGCAGUUUCGCCGAUAGAGCAGCUGGCCAGAAAGAGAGAGAGAGAAAGAGAGAGAGAGAGAGAGAGAGAGAAAAAGAAGCCUCUCGUUACUCCACGGUCGGUCCACAAAUUGUUCCAGCGAGCGGCGAUAUCGCGUUCCGCAUCUAGCGACGAAAGAGGACGACUCUCAGCACGGGAUUCCCGCUUUGUGUAUGGACCGUUAAUCUCGUUUCGUCCUUACCUACGCUGCUUCAUGCCUUGCUUCGUGACCGGAGAUGCUUAUGGAGUAUCAAUGCGACAUCGAAUACCAUAAAUGUAUACUGUUAUUAGUAGAGGCGAAGGUGGCAUUACAUUCCUCGUAGGUAUUAUGACCACUCGUAAUAUCUCCAUUAUUAUAGGUGAAAAAUCAAUUACUUGUGGAACUUAUAAUUUAAUAGCUCGCAAUUAUACAAUGGCGCUAAUAUUCGUAAUAACCAACAUUUGUUAUAAGGUAUUUUUAUUUUUGAGCAUUAAAAACAUUUUUUGAAGUAUACUUUAAAACUUGCAUUUAAUUUUUGUAGAAAACAUUAAUUAUCGUAUAGCUUUCAAUAAUCUUUGCAUAGGACCUUUCGUUUAAGUAAUAUAUGAAUAAUAUAUAAAAAAAUGUUUCUGUUUUAUGCACAUGAAUAUUCUCGUUUAUUACAAACUCAAGAUAUAAAUUUUUUUCCUGACUAUUUAAAGGAAUUAUUGGUCGAUAUUCGUGUGAGAAGUAUAGAUAAAAUAUUUGUUGAAAAUGUUUUUAAAGAGAAAAAAUAUAUUUACAACACUAUCAGUUAAUUUUGCAUCUGUAUUGUUUUUACGUGCACCGGUCCAGAACGUAAUAAAUCGUUUAUCUAUCUACCUGUCACUCCGAAGCUUCAUUCGAUAACAUCGAUGAGGAGUUCCCCCAUUUAUUUCGCCAGUUGAAGGGAAGCUACGAAUGUGAAUUAGAGCGAGUCGACUCAGCUCCUUCAACUUUUUAAUUCCAGCGAUCCGAUGUCGCUUUUUUUCGUCUCAUUUUAAUCCGCGGUCUAUAUCGAUAUUGGAUAUCGCAUGGACAUGCGUUCGAAACUAUAAUAAUCGAAAUAUGAAACUGGCGAAAAGAAACUAAACGAGAAUGCCAUUUUGCAUUAUACUUAUGGUUAGUAUGUGUAUACACGAUUACUUUCGACAUAAUAUUAGCCCGCGUAUGCAGAAAAUAAGCAGAAUAUUAGAAUUCGAUUAUUCUGCAAAACGUACAAAAAGCAGUUUCGGUUCAUUUUAUAUACACUGCCGUUAAUGAAUUCAACACCAAUGGUAGUUUAGAUCUUUUCUGUUUUUAUAUACAAUAAACGUAUAUUAUAUAUGCAAUAAGUUAGUAUUUAUAGCUGCGAAACCUCGUUUUUUCUUCAUUAUCAUGAGUAUUGCUUUAAAAACUAUCGAUUUCUUCGAGACAAGUAUCAUGUUUUAAGGCAAUUAUAAAUUCGUAUCGCUGUCUUGCACGGUAUUUCAACAUGGAAGCGGCAAAAGUAUCGAUACCCUUUUAAACUCAAGCAACUCUGGUAGGUAGCAAAAAGCCCGGGAACCAUUCGUCAUCCGGCUCCGCCGGUGCUCGGCAGAUACGAUUUUAUUCCGAAACCGGUAUCGCAACAACGUCGUAACGACACGAGCCAUGGCCAUACGAAUUAAGUAGUGCACUCAUAAAGCGAUCGUAACACAGCGUGCCUGCGGUAGGCGAUGAAAAAUCCGGGAGCCGUCUCCUCCUCCUCACCCUCUGGCGCGCCUACGUCCCUGGCGAAGAUGCCCGAUGCCCCUGCGGCGAGCGCCACCCGCAUCAGAUAAUAUUGAAAUUGAUGAUAAACAUUUACGGGAGCGUUUUGUUACACAGAAAACAUAUUUGGAUCAUUGUGCGCAGUCAUAUAGCCGCGCGGCAGAUUAUGGAUUCAAGGGCCCGGCCGGGCCCCAGAGAGGCAUUGUCUGGUGGCCCUCUCAUUUCCAUAACGGGUCUCAUCUCUCUUCCCCUGCUCUUUCCACUGCCCUCGUAUCUCUUCCCCCCUUUCCCCUUCGUUCCUUCCUUCCUUCGUCGCGGCGAGCUAGGGGGCCCUUAACUCGCCCUUCCGACGGCAUCUCGCUACCCGAUGGGUCCCACCCUUCCCCCUUCCGUGCUCGAAAUCUCGAGCUACCGCUCGCUAGUCGAAUCGCAUUGCUCUUUGUGAGUCCGAGCUCGACUCGACUCGAUCCCAAUCGCCGAUUGUUUUCUCUCUUUGGCCGUGGCUUAAAUCGUAUUCGAAGGGACAUUCGGAGGGCCCUCAUUGUGCGCCGCGCACGAGUGUGUAUGUGUGUGUAUGUGUGUGUGUGUGGCCACACGUUAAAUGUCGACGAGAUAUUAUUAAUCCCUUCGGUCCAAAGUUGCCUGCUCGGGAUUACAAAGGAGAUGGAAAUGCGUUGUAAAUCACUUGGAGUCAUGAAUAGAAAUUAUGAACUCACUAACAUCGCGUAUCUUAUUAUCCAUUUCCGGGAACUUCUUCGCGAGUUCUUCUUUGGAUUAUUACAUUUCCCAUUGCGCCGCCUAAAUUGCAGCCUUGUACCUUUUUCCCCCCGAGACUCCUCUGCAUGCCUAUAUAUUUUCCGCCGUCACAUCUACUUCGAAUUACACUCUUACGAGAGUAUCGCGACGCCGUAUCGCAUCCGCCUUCUCGCGUCGCCGUUCGCAUUUUCACGGCCAACUGAGCCGGAGCGGCUCGUAGCCCAGGGGGUCCGCCGCUGCUAAUAUUUAUCUUCGAAGUGACAUCGGAGAACGUCCUUCGACGGAACACUUUUAUUUGCCUGCUGCGACGCGAGGCCGUAUCAGGCCCCAGGCCUCCUCCGGGCCGGGCACCUCGGCCUCAAAUUGCAUCGACGGAUGCAGCGACUCCGGCCAGACCAAAUAAAAUACAAACACGGCCUCGUUCUCCCGGGAGGACCCCUCGUAAUUCAUCGCAAGUAAAUCUGCCUGUUUUCUUUCUCGACUUCUUCGUCAUCUCGACUUCAUUCUCGAGAUGGUUUCGACGUAACGCAAAAAAAAAAGCAAGCGGAGUAUCGCGAGACGAAGUGGUGCAGCAGGCAAACAGAAGUUACAAGCCGGACGGGGGACGCGAAAUUGCCAGGGUGGGAUAAUCGACGUGGUCAAGUGAGCUCUGUUUACCUACAAGCUGGCAGAUCGGUCUCGCCUGCUGACGUUCGCUGCCGUCUCAUUUCUUUCUGAAAUGUCGAUCGUGCAGGCAUCUCACGUUACGCAAAUGUAACAAAUGCAACCACAACGGGCAAAGAGAGAGUUGCGUGAAAAUAAUAAUAUACAGUAGACUCCACGAGACGCGUCCAGCCUGUAUGUUUCUCACACCGCCUCGUCCAACACCUUGGUUCCUCUCUCUCUUUCUUGAUUUACUAUGAGACAGAACAACGGACUGAAAGUUAAUCGAUCCGUGGACGGUGGUCUACCUUUUAGGAGCGAUCGCAACAAAUGUUUCAAUCCCAUUCGUCGCCGGACGAUCGUAUCGUUGUGAGCUAUCGCGCGACGUGAUCUCCAUCCCCGGACCGGCCGUAAUCCUCGACGAACCUCUCGGAUUUCACCGCUUUUUUUAUGACGCGCCGCACUCCUCUCUCUCUCUCUCCCUUUUGACACUCGCCGGUGAGUCGCGCGUCGUAGCCGCGGCGACGUGCGUUGACGCCUUCUCAUGGCAGGACGUAUAUAUCCUGGGACAUAAAAGCGGGAAGUAGGAGAGACCACCGUUGAUUUCGUACCUCCCCAUCGCGCCGUGUCUUCCUCUUCCCCCCUUUCUAUCGUCCCUCCACAUCCCCCUGGUUCCCCGUGAUCCUUGCCGUGAACCGACGGCGGCGGUGCGUCCGUCGGAUUAAGGGACUUAUGCUCGCCGUGGCAGACCAGAAAUAAGAUUAAUCUCCGGCUCCUCCCUGCGGUUUAAAUAGCUCGCAACAGCACGGUUUACUGUGACAACUGUUCUACCUAAUGUAGCAUAAUUCGUAGAACAGGUCGGAUAUUUUUAUUCGUCGAGUUGGUUAGACGUUGUCGCACUCUCGUUCCGAGAAUUGUUAUUCAUGGAGUUGUUUUUAUUCGUCAUCUUGGUGAGUCGCCUCGUGAGAAUCUCGUUUAACUAUUUCAUCGUGUUUAUUAAUAGUAAUUAAUUUAUUAAGUAAUAUUUUGAAAAUUUCUUACGUAUAUCGCCAAUUAUAAUGAAAAA